UAUGGAUGAGGUGGAUUUUAUGGACGUAAGGCAUAAAGUGCCCCUAAAAGACAUAUUAGAGGUGUACGGACAGCCUAUCAGCGAGGAGCAGGCCUGGGCCCUGUGUUACCAAAGCUGUACCAAGCUGAUAAACCUCCUGUGUUGGUCGCAUUGGGUGCCAACGUUGGAGGGAGUGGAGAAUAUUUAUAUCUGUGAGGACGGUACCGUGUCUUUUGCAUCUUGUGCUGGAUCUCCGGAUUCCAACCAGUCAGUCAAAGAGAUCCUUAAAUGCCUGGGGCAGAUUCUAUUCGCUGCGCUGGACUGGGGUUUGACGGACGAUUUAGAACGUGACCUGGCUGAGCCCCUCGGUGACCUGCUUUGCUGUAUGCUGGGCUAUCAAACUGAGAUUAAAUACCCUCUGACUAACUUCCAGUACUCUUUCACUCUAAAUGACAUCAGGAAGGUCUGUGAGGAGCGAUUGUUUUUGCAGUCACAGGCAUCCAUCUACUACCAAACAGUCUGCCGUAUUUAUUAUGCCGAACAUAUGGAGUUCCAGAAACUCUUGUCCACAAUUGAGCAUUCAAAGCAGAGUCUGGAGCAAUCUGAUAUGGAAGAGAUUUUAGAAAAAAGAUUCCUUCCUCGAUAUUACAGCUGGGGGGAUUUGUGGUGUUGUGUAGUAAAAGAGCUCCGUCAUGGGAUCCGGCUCCGCAACAGUAAGGAGCGUUCCUACGUAGGGCUGACCGUCACACGCAUGCUUUCUCCACAUGAACGAUUAAUGAGGGAUAUACGUUCGAGGCGGUACACGCUACGAAAAGUCAAGGACAUUAAAAAGCAUAAAAUGGACACAUCUGAUGACAACUUCAUUACGGCCUUCAUUCGUGAGCGCCCUCUAAGACCGGCAUCCGAGAGAACACUGAGGGAUCGCACCCCUGAAGAGCCAAGUCUGCAUGAGAUGUUAAUGAAUGAAAUAAGAUCAGCUACAAAGCUCCGACCAACUUCUAGCCCAAAGAAUGAAGAUUGUGAACAAGGACUUUCUCCACCACCAGAUGCAGAUUUUAGAAUGUCUGAGCAGUUGUAUGGCUCCGAUUCUGGUUUGGGUGUCCGAGCAAAGAGGCAAAGGAGAGGCUCAAACUCGUGCGAUUUACUAGAUGGAAGUGAGGUGAAAAUCAGCUGGCAGUCUGACUCCAAUUCUGACUCUUCAUCGGACAGCAAAUUAUCUGAUAUAGCAGACUUGACGUUCUUCCCAGUGUUGACCUCUUCUCAAGUCGACCUAAAAAUAAACAGUUUCGUCAACCAGAAGGCCAAAUCCUUUCUUCACAAACGCUCUAGUUCGUAUGACGGUUCCUCCCAGAAAACGGGAUCUUUACAGAGAAGUAAGAGUUGCUAUUACCAAAGGAUUCUCCCACAAACCAUUGAAGAGUUGGUCCUUGCUCGCCAAGCAGCCAUGAAAGCGGAUUUUAUGGAGAGAAACGGCUGCUCUGGAUACCGGGUGUGUUCUACCUGUAACAAAAAGAGGUUCUUCUUCUCAUGGCCAUACACCUGCAAAAUGUGUGAGAGGGUAAGCUGCCAUGAAUGCAGUAUUGAGAUGUCGAUGCCCUUCAAACAAUGCAUGCAUAUACCGAUAAGCUUCUUCAAACCACUGGUUCUGAAUCAGUUGGUGGACGCAGCUUGCAAGGACUACAAAAGCACUAUUUUCUACAGAGCAACGCUAAACUGGGACAGUUCAACUAUUCCACUGGUCUUUGAACCUAAAUAUCUAUCCGAAGAGGUUCCAUCCCACAAAAAUUCUAUGAUAAACUGGACUUGCAUGGACAUCUGUACAAAAUGCGAAGAAUAUAUAUUGGAUGUUUUAGACCAAAGUCAACGUAUUGAGUUGCCGAUCAGUGGAUUGAAAGCGCGUAGCACCUCUGUAUCCUAGAAGUUUAAAUGCAUUGGGUCAGGCUACAGCCCAUAAAAGAGCCUGCUGUACCAUGUAUGACUGUUAUCCAGAUGGAUAAUGUAACAUUAUGAACUGAGACAAAAGGUGGCUCAAAAAGAGCUUUUUAUAUUUAAAUUGUAUGUUCCAUUUGAGUGUUGUUCGAGUUUGUUGACAAGGCUCAUGCGAGUAAAAUGCAGUUCUCCAUUUUAGUUGCCCUCAAAGACUUUGACUUCAUCAUUAUUUGCAGAUGUGUUUUUAAAUGUUGCCCAUCAAUCUGCAUCGUAUUAACGAUCCCAAGAUCACAGGAAAGGCUCGGCGUUUGA